CCCCAGAUUCCAACAUCCCUUCCACUUCUGUCACAUUCUCCCAUCAACACCAUCACCGAAAUCACCUCUCCGGCAGUAUCCUGCCAUCUCGUGUCAUUUUUUCGUAUUUCCAGAUACAUUUUUGAAGCAAUUGGAGAGAGAAUGUCUACUCGUAAGAGAAAGGCUGAAGACGAGGAGCUCGUUGCGCUUCCUUCGGAUGAAAGCGAGGAGGAAGAGGAAUACGAAGAUUCGGAAGAUGAAGCUCCAGGAGGGAAUUCCGAAGAAUCCGAGGAAGAUGAGGAUGCCAGCGGCUCCGAAGUGGAGGAGGAGGUCGAAGAAGUUGCCCCUCCAGUGAAGAAGCGCAAGGUCGUCGGCACUGCAGCCUUGACUGAGGAGAACGGUGAUGAGGAGGAGGAGGAGGAGGAGGAGGAGGAAGCCGAGGGAGACGAUGAGGCUGCCAAGGGCGAAGAAGAGGAGGAGGAGGCUGGAGAUGAGGAGCCUGCCGUUUCCGCCAAGAAGACGAACGGCGCUGCAGCUCCUAAGAAAGCUGAAGUCGAAACGGUCGACCUUGACGACGAGGAUGAGUAAAUGAAAUGACUGCUGUUGAUGAGGGCGAGAGGCUGGCGUUGCUACUGAUUGGAACUUGGAGGAUAUGGGACAUCUAUGGUGGAUCUGCGUUGCUAAAAGGAAGGAAUGGGGGUGGGAUCUUAUUCAACAUCUUGCUAUCAUAGAGCUAAAGAAAGUGGAGGAAUCAAAAGCCUGCUGUCUUUACCGCCUUGUGGCCUGCUUGCUAUCGGUGACAGCAUGCUUACGUCGCGUCUAAUGCUGGUAUCUUUUUCUUGUUUAUAUGAACAACCCAGUAAGUUCUUUUGG